AUGUUUUCCUUCGUCAUGCUGUGGAUCAUAUCUCGGGCAGUCUGAGUCCAACGAGACCGAAGUGGAGUCGGGGAACAUGGCAGACGAGGAAGACGCGGCUCCAGAGCCAGCCGCCGCCUCUCCCCCGGGCAGCCCUCCCGUUGAACGGCCUCACUUUGUCUCUUUCUCCGAGAGCGUCCAGCCGGCCGUCGGGAUGAUGAGCCAGCUGCUGAGCCAACCGGCUUCCCUGAAGUUUGAUAAGAACAUUAAACAGGCCUUCUACAACACGGGGGCGAUGAUCUUCGUAGCUAUCUGCUGCGGAGCCACAGUGCUGGUCUACUUCAUCCUGGAGGCCUUCCUCCGCCCGCUGCUCUGGGCUACGCUCUGCGGAACCUUCCUCCAUCCCUUCAAGCACUCCCUGGCCCGGCUCGGUCGCUCCUGGCUCAGCGGCCUGCAGGAAACCGGAACGCCCAUCGUGCUGGGGACCCUGCUGGUCCCAGUGUGGUGUGUGAACUACGGAGUGGAGGCGAUGGGCCGGCUGGUGCUGGAGAGGCUCACGGUGCUGCUGGUGAUCGGGGCCGGGGCGCCGCUGGUCUACUUCCUCUACUUGUUCUGGAGCGUUAUCGGCAUGCAGGUCAUCCUCGGGCACAUCUGCUGGAUCAUCGGGACCGUGCUGGACUGUUUCCACACAGUGUGGGUGUGCACUGUGGUGUUUGGCUACCUGUUGGCUGUUUGUUUCAAAUGGGGUCCCCACACUGAGCGCUACCUGCGGGCUCUGGCUCUUCCUGUCUGGUCUGUCCUGCUCUUCUUCAUUGUGUCUCUGACCGGCCCGUGGAGAGUGCCCCUGUUUGUGAUCAUGGUUACACUCUUGAUUGUGGGCUCCCAAGAGAAACCGCCUGUUCCUGGCAGAGGAGAGCUGUCGGGGCAGGUGUUGUCAUUCGCUGCUAACACUAUUUACAUGGCCAUCUCCUGUAGCAACCUUCAGCCGAAAACUGAGCCCAAUAACGGCUCGACUACAGAUGGAGUGCAGUCUGUUGGCCCACUUCCUGGCACGCCUGGAUUCCCUCGGGGUCCUCGUUCAUUACCAGCCGGCCUCUUCCAGCGAGAGAGGAGCUCCCACAGAGCCAGUGACAUCUACUUUAUCCUACUGGUGUGGGCCAUCGUACUCGUUCAAGUGUGGCUCAACCUAUGGAUCCUACAGCUUCUGCCGAUCCCUGUUGCUGUGUGGGUGCUGAAGAAGCUGGUGGUCCACUUUGGCUUGAAGAGCUUUGCAGUGCGGACUCUCAGCUCGUGGUGGGCGGUGCUGGAGAAGCUGGGACGUGAGCGAGAGGAGGCCCUGCUACCUGGACCAAUCAAAGGCCUGGCUCAGUUCCUGCUGCGUGUUGACACUAAGAUGAUUGUGUGGUUGGAGCGAUCUCUGGAUAAAAUCAUCAGCAUCUUCAUCAUCUUCCUCCUGGUCACAGGGACAUUACUCAUGGCUCUUCUGCUCACUGCCAUGGUUCAUCACGAGAGCGCUCACAUCAUCGAGGUGACGAGUAAUCUGAUCAACGAGACUGUGUCUAAUCAUCCAGAAUGGGCCAAUUGGCUUCCAGAGGCUCAAGUGGUGCAGAAGGCUCUGAAUUCAGCUGCUACUAAUGUCUAUCAACAUGGUCGAGAAUGGAUAACACAUAAGCUUCAUAAGAUGUUAGGAGACAAAGUGAACCACACGGCUGUGAUUGAGAAACAGGUUUUGGAGCUUUGGGACCGACUGUACCACUCCUGGUUUGUGAAGAACACGACCCACACUGGACGCCAUCGUGGUCAGAAGAUGAUGGCUCAGAGACAGAACAGCUGGUUGGUUGACAUCCUUGACUGGAAGGACAUCGCCUCAUUCCUGCAGGAGAAUAUUGAGACCCUACUGUCUAUCUUGGAGUCUUUGUGGGUGGUGAUGAGUCGAAAUGUUGGCCUCCUUAUCUCCACUACCACCACUCUCUUCACCGUCCUGUUCCACAGCGGGACGGCUCUACUCAACUUCGCCCUGAGUCUGGUGAUCUUCCUGACCACUCUCUUCUACCUACUGAGCUCCAGUGGUGAAUACUACAAACCUGUGAAAUGGGUGAUCAGCUUGACGCCCCUCUCCCAGCCUGGACCUUCUUCCAAUAUCAUCGGCCAGUCUGUGGAGGAGGCCAUCAGAGGAGUGUUCGACGCCUCUUUUAAAAUGGCUGGCUUCUACGGCCUCUACACUUGGCUCACACACACCAUCUUUGGCAUCAACAUCGUCUUCAUUCCCUCUGCUCUCGCUGCCAUCCUGGGUGCUGUGCCAUUCCUGGGGACGUACUGGGCGGCGGUGCCUGCAGUGUGCGACCUGUGGCUGGCACAGGGAGAAGGCGUCAAGGCGGUGCUGCUGCUGAUCUGCCACCUGCUUCCAACCUAUUUUGUGGACACGGCGAUCUACUCCGACAUAUCAGGGGGUGGACACCCGUAUCUGACAGGCCUGGCAGUGGCAGGUGGAGCAUACUAUCUGGGUCUCGAGGGCGCCAUCAUCGGACCGAUCCUCCUCUGCAUCCUGGUGGUUGCAGCGAACAUCUACAGUGCCAUGCUGAUGAGCCCCAGCUCGGCUGUGCAAACACCUGUGCAGACCACUUGGCCACUGCACCACAUGAGGAGCUUCGCAGACGCCACACCCUCUGUCCUGAAGAAGACCUGUGAGUGAGAGCGAGAGGAUUCAUUCCCGUGACAUCCUAUCGGCUGAUUCUUCGGUGGAAUUGCUCUCCUCCCUGAAGCUACUCCCCGUGCCGCCCGCCCGGCUCUACAGGAGUCAGCCCCCUGACCCGGAAGAGAAGGCGGCUCAACGGCUGGUUACCCACCAUGCUGCUGCUGCUUCUUACCAGAGCGCUUUAUUGAGAGUGCUUUCACUCGAGACCCAAAAAUUGAGGAUGUGAGUGUUCAUCCUGAUCCCAAAUAUGAACCAACGGCUGCACAUUGGGGUUUGAUUGGCAGAGAUGUUGAUGCUAAUUAAUCAUCUCUCUGUUAUUUGUGUCUGAAUCGAUUUGCUUGUUUGGAAAAGGCUCAAAUUGUCGUGAGGUUUGUGGUGAAUUACUAGAUUAUAUAUUUUACUAAAAAAAAAAACUGCACUCCCCGGCUGUGUACAAGAUUGUGGUCAUGCAGUAUUUGUACUCCCUACCUCUCUCCUAAUGGAGGCUCAAGUAGUUUAUAGUGACAACUGCUUCGUGUAAAGAUGAACUUCAGUUUCAAAUCUGGCUCAGGGGGAGGAGAUGAUGACUGUUUUUAAGUUUAACUAAAUGUCAUUCACGUUUCAGUGAUUGUAGCCGUAGAUCUCUGCCAACGAAACUCCCUCUCUCUUUCUCUCCUGCGUCAGCUUUUAUCACUUUUUCUCAGUUUUUUUUUUUUUUUAAAUAUAUUUUCAGCUUUUCCUAAAAUGACUAAAGGUUCAGACUGAUGACAACUACUUUAGAGGGUCAGAGUGAAUGUCCUCUUUUCUGAGAGAUUAGUCUUAAUCUGACAACAAGGGAAUAGAAUGACAGACUGUGUUUUAAUAUAUGACAUUUAUUUCAAGGUUAACAUUUGUUGUUUAAUACAUUAAGUGCACAUAAACACAACACAGCUAAGCUUUUUCAUUUGAACACACUGAGCUGAUUCACCAGUAAUGAAGCACAUUCACGCUCGGCGUGCUCUCAGACUGAGAUCUCUAAACUUUGGACUGAUUUUGUCUCCGGUUUUAAAAUUCAACAGAAACACCUCCAUGUUCUCUUUUCACCUCAUCCACUCUGCACUCCCCUUCACUUUCUUUAACUACUGUCGGAGCACUUUUCAUAACAGAGAGUCUGAAGACGUUUACAUCGUUUGAAGCUUUAAUGAACAAGCUGUCCGUAUGAAUUGUGUUUGUAAUGUGACACAUUAUUAAUACGUGGCUACUGUGUGAGCUGCCUGGGGUUGGGGUGGGGAGGGGUUGUGAUGUGCUCUUGGUUCAAACCAGCGUGUGGUUUCACUGUUCAACUGAUUUACUGUAGUUUGCAUCUGGGACUGUUUCAUUUUUUAUCUCUGGAUAUGCACUGACAAUAAAACUUCAUGUAAACUAAA